GUUUACCUUUUCUGGUUUUAUUCCUUAUAGAAAAUAUUCUCAUUCCUCAAUUCUUAUUAAUAAGAAACUCUAUUUUAUUGGAGGAUAUUCUCGUCCUGGUCAAAAUUACACGACGAAUGAAUUCUUUUAUUUAGAUGUUUCUAAACCAUUUACAAUAAAAGACAGUGCCUCAAUACCAUGGAAUGAUCUUACUUAUACCGGCGGCCCUCAAAAAGCUUCUGCUACAGCAUGUACUGAUGGAAAAAAUGAUGAUUUGAUUUUUAUUUUUGGUGGUUAUCCUUAUGAACCAUCAUUCGUUAAUCAAUUUGAUAUAAAUAAACAACAGUGGUUUAAUAUCACAACAAUUGGAAACUCACCCACGUAUAGAUCUAGUAUUUCAUGUGUUGAAUUUAAUAAUGGAUUGAUUGCUAUUUUUAGUGGUUAUAAUGCGGUUAAGAUUCCAAAUGAUUUUUGGGUAUUCAACACAUUUACUUUAACAUGGAGUUUAAGUAAUGCAACAAAUGCACCUUCAUCUCGUUAUAGUUAUCGUGCAAUAAUUUUGCCUGAUAAAAAUAUUUUAUAUAUUAGUGGAAAGUAUAGUGCCAACGCAUAUGUGCCAAUGGAUAAUCUACCGUUAUAUAAUACAAAAUCUGAUACGUGGACAAAUAUGAGUCUAUCCGGACCGACACCUCCUGCCCGUGAGUAUCCCUCGGCGGUAUUAACUCCCGACAAACGUAUAAUAAUUUUCGGUGGUUAUAAUAACGGAACAACUUUGAGUGAUCUGUGGAUUUUAGAUGUUACAAGUUAUCAAUGGUCAAUUGGAAACAUUUUAAAUCCAAUUGUGGAUUUAGCUCUUUAUAGACAUACAGCGACAUUAGUGGAUAAUUAUAUGAUUAUUGCAUUCGGUUUAUUCUCAAGUGAUAAUAUUUCAUCGAAUGUAUUUAUGCUAGAUGUAAGCCAGAAAGAUUCCUAUAGAUGGGUUACUGAAUUUGCUCCAAAUGCCACAACUACUACCGCUACAAUUUCAAAUAAUCCAAUUUCAAGUAAUACAGAAAGUCCAGGCCCUAAAAACACUAAUUUAAUUAUUGGAACCAUCAUUGGCAGUAUCAUUUCUUUGGUGAUAUUCGUUAUUGCCAUUAUUUUUACUCUAAAAUUUAUUGAUCAACGUAAAAAAAAACGAGACAUAUUUAGUGAUUUAGUGUUCUAA